AUGACAACAGAGCGCCCGUGUGGCGAACGGAACGGCCACACGCAUUCAAGCAGCGCUGCCGACGGUACGUUUGACCAGCCAGACACCGCCGUAUUGCUCUACGGCGGUCUGCCACCGAUGCCGAAGCCGUCAGUGCAGCGAGGCGAAGGCUCCAUGGAGCGAGAAUUUGACCAGGCCGCGGUGUCACCGAGCCCGGUGGCGGCGGUUGCCGCUUCCAGUGUGGUAGGCGGAGAUACAUCACCUGGGAGUUCCCCACACAUUGGGGUGCAUGAAGCAGAUGACCCCACGAAAAAUUUUGAUAACAGCACCGAAGAAGAGCAUAUGGAUCUUUUCAUUUCCGCGAUGAGUCCGCAAAAUUGUGUAGAUCGUCCACAACGAAGGGCACGAGGUGCUCUCAUGCCGCCUCUCCCCUCCCCUGGUGAGGCAGACGCGGGUGCCAUGAUGCAGUCGGAGAUGCACACGACCCCAAUGACCAAAACGCAUACGCCAGACUUGCGAGUUACGAUGUACGAAAACCAAGAGCUGCGAAGGGAGCUUGCUACCGUGAGAGCAUCUCUGCGGCAGGCGCUACAAACAAUAGAGACUCGUGAGUUGGAGUGUGUUGAGCUUCACCGACUUGUAGAUGAGAUGCAGGCCCAACUGAAUGGUCUAAAGCCAGAAGCCAAUCUCAGGCCAACGCAGACGGAUGCGCAGGGGAAUGGAGAAGGAAGUACCCGGCCUGAAAAGUCCGCAUUCAAACUUCAAGCGACAAAAGACACAACGGGGCCUCAAAUAAUUGGGAAGUAUGAGAGCAAAGAAGAGUGGAGGAUGACACCCAGCAGAGAGCUUUUUGCCGCGGAGGUAAAGCAUGACGCUCACACAGAGGCAUCUACCACCACUGCCAUUGCCGCUGUCAAGAUGAAUGCGACGGAUGCCCCCACCACUGUGGAGGAGACGAUCUCAAUGGGGCAGUUAUGUGAGGAACGGGAUCGGUUGGCAAAGGAGCUCGCGCAAACAAAGAUUGUCGUUGCAGAGCAGGAGACCGUUUUAGACCGCCUUGGGCUGCGAUUCCCGUACCCGGGCGCGCUGGUGGCCGCAGCGCGUCGCACCAUCCCCGCGUUUGAGCCGCUGCGGAAGUCACGCAAACAAAAGCCGGGGCCUCUUGUGGUUGAUCGCACGACGCAAAUGAGGGGAGAGCGAGCCGAACGAAGGGAGUGA